AUGAGCGCCGCUAGCGAAGUGCCUGCUACUGCCACUGCAGAAGCUCUCCCCGAAUCUGCGGCCAGUGAAGCUACCGAAGCGGCUUCUCCAGCUGAGACGGCAACAUCUUGUGCAGAAACGCCUAGUGGCGUAGUUCCUCUGGACAAGGUGGAGACCGGCCCUGGACUUCCAGCAGAAAAUUUGUGUUCCACCUGCAGGAAGCCUGUCUCUGAGGAGAAUGGUGUGGUUGUGGCACGGGCAGUGGGGAAGACAGCUACUUCUUUGCGCUGCAGGGCAUGCCACAAUUUAAAAAGUAGGAUCGACCGGGUGUUGAGCCACUAUGGCUCAUUGGCCCAGGAUUGGACGAAGGUGACUGAAAAUGAGAAGAAAGAAUUUUACAAGAAGUACAAGGAGCAGGCGGGACCGGACCUUCUGACCAGGCUCCAGGAGACAGUGACGGAAAGCAAGAAGACCAGCAGCGCCGUCUCCUUCGAGGGCACCGGCGAUUUCCUGGACGAGAUAGAUUUGGAGGAGAAGUACAAGAACAAGCCAGAUCAAUUGGCCGCUAGUAAGGCCAACACCCGGACCUACUUCUGUCCAGUUCGACAGGUGCAGCUUUUCGAGGAUGUGAAAUAUAAGCGCACGGCUGUGGAGACCGAGGAGUACGCGAAGGUGCAGAAACGCAAGAGGCAAUCAAUUCCGCUUGAACAAGGUGAACGUGAUGAGACGGCUGCAGAUUCGAGCCAGUGCAAGAAGGGCAAGAAAGAAGCAGCCAAAAGUGAGCUGCCGAAGUUGAAGGCUGGAGGCAAGAAAAAGAUUUCCAAGAAAGUGGAACUGAUGAACGCAAAGAAGCUGCAGCUGAUGGAUUGGAACUGCAAAGCGCGUGGUGAUAAAGUCAAAGACUUGGUGCCUGGCUAUGUCGUGAAGGCUUCCACAAAGCUGGUGGAUGACGCUGUGGCCUUUGGGGUUGAAUGCGACAGCAUUCUUGAAAGUGGCCAUGGCGACGCAGAUGAGGUCAUCAAGAAGGCAGACUCUUUCAUGGAGCAGCUGACAGAGAUGAUGGGCCGCGUCAAGUGCCAAGUGGAUCAGGCGCAUGCUUUUGUUGCCACUGGUGCGAGCGGCCAGGAGUGUGGAGGCUCGCCCCAGCUGCAGACAUGCGACGGCUCGCCCCAAAGAAAGCGAAGGAGCGGAGGUGAAGAAGCGCCGCGCAAGCAGCCACGCAGCUCCAAAGAUUUAUCCCCUGUUUCAAUGGGCGCUGAAACUUUGACCCUCGACUUUUGGGAAGACAGAGACAUAGAGGUGGGCGAGGACACCCAGCAAUUCCCUGAGAAUCCAUCGAUCGACUAUGAGCUUGCAUACACAGACUGGAUGUUGUCCCAGUUGUCUGAAAAGGUUUUAGUUCCCGAACCCAAUGACUGGAAAACAGAAUUUCCACAGCUGAGGCUCGCCCAGCCAAUCCACAUAGCAAUGCCAUGCUGCGGAAUAGACGGUGCUGGUUGGUCACUCCGAGCUAUGGGGGUGCCCUUUACACCAAACAACGUAUACGACCUGGAGACGCGAUACAAGGAGUACUGGCAGGGCAUGGUUGAAGAAGGCUCGCCUCUUCAUUUCGGAAAGCACAAUGGUGACAUUGUCCAGGUCCAGCUGUCGGACUUGGAGCGCCCAGUGCAUGUGCUUUGCAGGGGCCCGCCAUGCCCGCCUUGGGCAGGAAAUGGCAACAAGAAAGGUGUGGAAGACUUCCGAGCAAAAGCUUUUCUGGCUAUUGUGAAUAUAGUGGCUUCGCUAGCCAAGUGUGGUGAGCUGCAAGCAGCGAUCUUGGAAAAUGUCCAAGGCAUUUUACACCGCCAAGGUGGCGAAGAAAGUUUCAUGUCAAAGCUUCUGCACAUUUUGCAAGAAGAAGUGCAGGAAUUUCUCUGGCAGGUGGACACCCUCAAGGCGGUGGACUACAAGCUAGCGCAGGACAGAACGCGUGUGUUCUUGCGUGGGAUCCGGAGCACGUUGUGCCCAAGCGGGGCGGUGCCACCUCCACUACCCCCAUUUGGCCACAGAGUGUUGACAGACUUUCUGGCGUCAAUGCCUUGUGUGGACCGUAAGAAGCUCACAAAGUGCAUGGCCCAAAACUUGAAAGACAGCCAAGAACAACUGCGGAAACUUUUGCAGGAAGGUCGCCUCGUAGAGACAGACGUUGUCUGCUUCCCACUGGACCGCGCAGAUGGCAAAACAUACAAGCGGCAUAUCAGCGUCAAUCGUACACCAACAUUGACCACCUCGAAUUCAUACCUGUUUGUGUCAGACAUGAAGGUGGGCCUCCCAGAUCAGAAACGGACACACUUCCGUUUCUUGCAUCCGCAUGAGCGGUUUGUUUUGCAAGGUUUCAACGUGGAAGUCGCCGAACAAUUCGCUUCCAGCCAAGCCUUACAAGUCAAGGCAGCAGGAAAUGCCUAUCCAGUGCCACUCAUUGGAGCAGCAAUGGCCCCAUUGCUGGCUGCCUUCGGUGAGCUGCCCCAGAAAGGAGAAAGGGAGCUGGAGUUCCCCACGCGUUUCCAUGAGCGUUUGGCUGACGCCAUGUACGGUGCUGGGAAGAAAAGCAAACCAAAGAAGGCAGGACAUAAGGUGCUCAAACGACCGGCUGCACACCAAUCAUCAGACAAACCUGCAGACGAAAAAUUGGACAAAACCCAUCCUGGGCCCCAUGACAAGGAGCAACAUGACGGUGAUGGGGCACAGCCUUUGGGUGAAGAACGUGCGGGGCCUUCCACCAAGAAGCGACCUGCCAGCACGGCAAGCAUCGGAAGGCCCUGUCAGAAACCAAGACUCCCUGCCGCAUGGCGCCUGCGUGGGCAAAGAUUGCAUGAGUUUAUUUCCUCUUCCACGCUGGUUCAAGCUGACCACGGGUUGCUGCGAGGCUUGCCCGCAGAAACAUUGAGAGCGAAGCUUUUGCUUGUGAUUGUAGGGAAAAACCACAUGGCUGAAGCCCGCUUUGAUGGGAUGCUUGACUACUUCGCUGCUCUCCAAAAGAGCUGCGGGGGGUUCCUUGAAAAGGACGCCUUAGACCCCCUGUUGAAAAGCUGCAUGCUGGAUAUUGAACGCGCCCCGCCCAUAACCAUAGAAGCAGGGGCCAGCAUGCUUAGAAAGCUUGAGAAAGCUACCGUGCCCCAGGCAUGGCGUGAAGCUUUAGUGAAACUGGUGCAAGCCAAGGUUCAGACAGGCGCAGAGAACAGCUGCAACGAAGGGAAUAAGAAGAACAAGGAAAAACCAAGGCAGACAUGUCUGCACUUGGACAACUAUUUCUUGAAGAAGGACUGGGAAAAACUGGCUUCGGAUGGGUUGACUGACAAGGUCAACUUGGCAGCGCAAAGAAUGGCAGCCCUGGGUUUGCUGAACCCAACAGAGCCGACUGUGGUGCAUGCAGUCGCAAUUCUGUAUUUGACGUCGCACAAAGGGACCCUGGAAGAACUUAACAUCACCGGCGUCCAUGCUUUGAAUACGGUGCGGGAUUUGAAAUCUGUGCUCAGAGGAUUGAAAGGCUUUACGCAGUCUGGGAUCACCAACUACCCAAUGGAUCCUGCAGAAUUGCCCGGCCCCAUAUUCAUGAAAGCGUUUGGACAAGAAAAGCCAGAGCCAAGCCGUCUGGAUCCUCACGCGCUUGGAUGGUUACAAGUUGUGCUACCUGCAAGGGACACGCACACAUCAGUGCGAGGUGCCUGGGGAAAGCGAACCUCGCGACUACGCACUGGCAACAACUUCCAGGAGAUGCUCAUGAAUGCCAUGAGCAACCCUGACAUGGCAGCAGCUUUCGCCAGCAUGAUGAGAAACAAUUCUGGAGUGCAGCUGAACAUGACACGCCGGAAGCAGUUGAUGCCAAGCGCUGCCUCUGCACAGGUGGAACCACUCAUGUUGGCAAACGGGCCAGCUGCUUCUCACAACUUGGCAGGCAAGCAAGACCCAAAGGAUGAAGUCGACCUCGAGACAUCGCUUCCAAGUAAUGAAGAACCUAGCAUCAAGGCUCGUCCUGGUGCAAAAGAAAUCAGCAAGGCUCGUCCUGCUGUAAGUGAAACCAGCAAAGCUCGGCCUGCUGCAGGCGAACCCUGCGAAGCUCUGCCUGCAAAGGACAGCAAGGAAUUGCCUCCGCUGGAACCCAAAAGCGUAGAUGCCAUGGCGAAUGACAUCUUGGCAGCCAUUGGCGGCCAAAAAGAAAGAAGACCGCUGCUGAAGAGACCACCGAGGGCCAAGAGUACGCCUCCCAAGACCAAGAAUGCUGCGCCCAAAGCAAGCCCGAAGAAAAAGAAAGAGGUCUUGCCAUUCCCUGGGACAGCUGCACAUGAGCCCGUUCGCCACAAGAACGCUACAGUUUACAUAUGCCCCAAGUCGACCAACUACAGGGUCAAACUUGAUGGUGAGAAGAAGGACAAGGCCUUCAGCUGGAAACGCCAGGAUGCGAAGGAGGCAUGGGUGCAGGUGAAGGAAUACAUCCUGAACUUGGAGUGA